AUGAGGCAGGUCGAGGCGCCCAGCACUGGAAUAGGGGUGAGCAGAUCUGGGAAGGACCUGCAGCCGCCCUACAACGUGGUCAUCACUGGUGGCACAAAAGGUGUUGGGCGCGCCCUUGCAAAGGAGUUUCUCAGGGCUGGGGACAGCGUUGUCAUAUGCUCCAGAGACAGCGACAGAGUGAAUGGAACUGUGAGGGAGCUGGACGGAUUUUCAAAGGCUGAGGAGGGUGCUGGAAGGAUAAAGGGGAAGGUCUGCAAUAUGGCAAAGCCUGGAGAUGUGGCUUCCUUUGCCAACUAUGCGAGGGACACGCUUGGGACUGUAGAUUUGUGGAUCAACAACGCAGGCAGCAACGGGUACAAGUACAAGACCUUGGCAGAAAGCUCAGAUGCGGAUCUCAUCAACAUCGUGGAAACCAAUGUGCUGGGGACCAUGCUGGGCUGCAAAGAGGCCAUAAGGGUGAUGAGGGAUCAGCGCGCCGGGGGCCACAUCUUCAACAUGGACGGUGCCGGCGCGGAUGGCGGCGCGACGCCGCGAUUUGCUGCCUAUGGCGCGACUAAGCGCGGCCUCAUGCAGCUCAGCAAAUCCCUGCAGGCUGAGUUGAAGAUGCUGAAUAUCAACAAUGUGGGCAUCCACAAUCUAUCCCCUGGCAUGGUCACCACUGAUCUCCUGAUGGCAGGUGCAGACACAGCGACGGCAAAGUUCUUCAUCAACUGCUUAGCAGAUCCGCCAGAGGAAGUGGCGGCCUAUCUGGUGCCGCGCAUUCGGCGCGUGCCCCUCGACUCGCGCACCCUGGGAGGUGCUAUUGGGCAGGGGUCAUACAUCAAAUAUCUGACCAAGAGCAAAGCCUACGGGCAGAUCCUGGCACGCCUGCUCACAGGCGCCCGGAAAGAUCGUUUUGUGCCAGAAGAAUGA